AUUUUAUAUAUGCAAUAAUCUCAAUACUAGAUAUGUGUGUUAGGAAGUGCUAAUUCUGAUCAUUUCCUUGAAGUUGAAGAUUUUCCUAAAGAAGGAGAGACUAUCGCUUCUAAGGUAUUCUAUAAUACAAUCUUAUUAGAAAUCCUAUUUAAAAAAUGGAGGCAAGGGAGCUAAUCAAGCAGUAGCAUCAGCUUUACUCAAAUCUAAGAUUAUCUUUGCAGGUCAAAUUGGAAAGGAUGAGCUUGGUUAAUUAUUAGUAAAAGAAAUGACAUUGGCAGGAGUUGAUUUAACUGCUUUAAGAAAAGUAGAUGAAUAAACAGGAUAGGCAAUAAUUCUGUUAAAUAAGAAAGGAGAAAAUCUAAUUAUCAUAGUAGCAGGAGCAAAUGGCUAUUAUGAGACAUUAGAUGUCUUACCAUAAGAAUAUUAAUAAGCUAUUGAAUAAUCAGAUUUAUUGUAAUUAUAAAUGGAAGUACCACAAUCUAUCAACAUCUUAGCUGCUAAAUAUGUAAAGAUUAUAUUAAUUCAUAGAUGGCUUAACAUGAUAAGAUUACAGUUUUAGAUUGUGGAGGUAAAGCAGAGAAAUUAAAAGGUGAUUUCCUUGAAAAUUUAACUAUUGUGAGUCCUAAUGAAACAGAAUUGGAACGUAUUUUAGGAGAAGAUCUAAAUAUGGAUGCAGAUUAAAAUGCAGAAGAGUAAUAAUCAUUUUUAUAUUAUUUAAGAUUUCUUACAAAAACUAUACAUGAAAAGGUAUUUACUCGUUAUCCAGAUUUAAUUGUUCUAUUGAAAUUAGGUUCUAAUGGAAGUAUGCUUGUAACUAAAGAAUAUAGUGUAAGAUGUCAAACUGUAACACAAUUAAGUAUAUAUUAUAUAUAUAUAUAUUAGAUCCAAAUAUUUUAGAAGAAUAUAAAAUAGUUGAUACUGUAGGAGCUGGUGAUUGUUUCACUUCUGCAUUUACUGUAUCAUUUUAUAGAUCUUUAAUUGAAUUUGGUCCAGCCAGAAUUUCAAGUAAUGAUUAUUUAAUUAUCUUUUAGCAUUAAGAAAAAUAGAUGUUGAGACAUAAAAGAAAUUGUUCUAUAAAGCUAUGCAUUUUGGAAGUUCAUCUGCAUUUUUGUGCAUUACUAAACAUGGUGCUAUGCCAUCAAUGCCAAAGUUUGAGACAGUUGACAAUUUCAUCAAGAAGUAUUUCCCAUGAAAUAGAAAUUAUAAAAUAAUUACAAUAUAGAAUA